AUGGGACAGGGCUUGUCACAGUCAAUUCAGUGCUGCCAACAAGAGCAGUUGAAAAGGUGCGAUGGUGAACUGCGAACUGGUUCCCCACACUUCCACGUCUGCGAUGUGGACAAGGACGAAUGCUUGCAAGAGCGGGUCUAUGUGGCCAGUUGGACUGAAAGUCAGUCGGCCCAUUUGGUCAUUGACGACCGCGGAGAUGAACCCAGGCCAUGUGAGGCACUGCACAUGCAGGCACUGCACAUGCAGACCUUGAGCUACUCGCCGGUCAGGUACGAAGAGUGUGACACGAUUGACACCGCUCGUUCGCAAGAUCGCUAUUCAAAUGCCUUGGUCCACACUGCCAGAAUGAACACCAGACGGCAGCUUCUUGACAGACAGGCCUGGUUGAGUUCUGCAGUUCAAGGCAGAUACGCCAUGUUACUCCUGAGCUCCCCCGAGGCACACGGGGCUCCGAUCUGGCGUGUUCCAACAAAGUAUUAUUUGGACCACAAUCAUUCAUCGUUGUCUUUUUUUCCUGGUGGUGCCGAUGGAACCGAUCUUUCCAUCAUGAUGGAUGCGAUUCUGGGCAUCUGCUCUCUUAGCGACAGCAUGAUGCUCAUCGCGCAGUGGGAGUCGCAUUUGACCGACAUGGAAAAGAACUGCGGAGUAUUACUCAAGUACCGCAGCAACGAUGCAAAAGCUUCAGGCUGCGAAGUCUGCUUCCUGGAAGAGUCGGAGGCAGCGAAGGCGUCCUGCAUGCAUAAGAGCGUCGCUUCAGUCGAUGCUUCUUGA